GCGGCUGGGCGCUGAACAGGAAGGAGCUGAAACUCCUGCAGACCAUCGGGAAAGGAGAGUUCGGAGAUGUGAUGGUGGGAGACUACAGAGGGAACAAAGUGGCGGUGAAAUGCAUCAAAAACGACGCCACAGCGCAGGCGUUCAUCGCCGAGGCCUCCGUCAUGACGCAACUGAGGCACAACAACCUGGUGCAGCUGUUGGGGGUGAUCGUGGAGGAGAGGGGAAGUCUCUACAUCGUCACAGAGUACAUGGCUAAGGGCAGUUUAGUGGACUACCUGCGCUCCAGAGGAAGGACCGUGCUCGGGGGGGACUGCUUACUCAAGUUCUCUCUUGAUGUGUGUGAGGCCAUGGAGUAUCUGGAGAACAACAACUUCGUGCACAGAGACCUGGCGGCUCGAAACGUUCUGGUUUCUGACGACAACAUCGCUAAAGUCAGCGACUUCGGACUCACCAAGGAGGCGUCGUCCAUCCAGGACACCGGAAAACUGCCCGUCAAGUGGACCUCCCCCGAAGCCAUCAGGGAGAAGAGGUUUUCCACCAAGUCUGACGUCUGGAGUUACGGGAUCUUACUUUGGGAGAUUUACUCCUUUGGGCGCGUGCCUUACCCCAGAAUUCCUCUGAAGGAGGUGGUGCCCCGGGUGGAGAAGGGAUACAAAAUGGACGCCCCUGACGGCUGCCCCCCGGUGGUUUAUGACCUGAUGAAGCAGUGCUGGACCCUGGACUCUGUGGUGCGGCCAUCUUUCCACAUGCUGAGGGACAAACUGCAGCACAUCAGAGCCAAGGAGCUGUACCUGUGAGGGGGGGGGGGGGCAAGAAGAAUUUACACAAUUACCAUCAUAGACUUAUGUGGAUAAUUGGACAAUUUGGACAAUUUUUGAGUGGUUUUGCGAGUUAUUGAGGACAUGUUCAGGAUCAUAAAUGGCCAAGGAGCUCUACUAGCCACUUUGUGAACCCGGAAAUGUUAAGUACCCCAAAGUUUUAUCUUAGGGUCUCCAGCACAUAGAAACUGCCGGAUGCUAACCUGCAUAUGUUGGGCAAUUAGCAUCAUAGACUUAUAUGGAACAAUUGGACAAUUUUGGAGUGGGUUAGGAGGUUAUUGUGGAUGCUGAAGAGGAGGAAGAGGAGGAGGAAGCGGGACCACAACAUCUUCCUCCCCCCUGACCUCCGCCCACGAGGACUGUUUCCCGUUUGUGUCGUAAAGCUCCUCCCUCUUUAUAGUCUACUUGCCACUUUGUGAACUCUGAGAUGUUGAGUACCCCAAAGUGUUAUGUUAGGAAUGAGAGUAGGGGUCUCCAGCGCAUAGAAACUACAUUUAGAGUACAAUAACCCACAAAACCACUAAUAAUAAUAAUAAUGACCAAAUCUGUAAAACCAUUUUUUAACUAUAGUCCACAUCAAGUUCUAAUCGAUGCUAAUUCACACACAAACUGCAGGUUAGCAUCCGGCAGUUUCUAUGAGCUGGGGACCCUCCUAAACGUUUAUAUCAUUACACUUUGGGGUCUUCGACAUCUCCAGGUUCAGGACUCUAGGACCUGGAAACAAACCUGCCGUCUCUCUUUUGGUCCAAGUUUCUCCUCCGCCUCUUUUCGUUCCUCCUCUCCUGAACUCGGCAUUAUACCUGGAGAGGCUGGGCCUUUUCUUCCUCCUCUCAUCUUCGUCAUCAUUCCUGGAUCUCUGCAUGAAUCCUUCCCCCAGGUUUGUGUCAGAUGUGGGGCUUUAAAUCUGAGAAAAGUGCCUCCAGAGCUCCAGGAUCUGCUCCUCCACCUGGACUGCUUUUUUUGGGUUUUUUUAAUUGUUUUUUUUUACGGAAAUCUUUUUUAUUGCUUUCCUUUUUUUUCAGGGAGGAUAUCAUUUUUAUUUUUUAUUUUAACCGUCUCCUCCUCCUCAAUGUCCACCAUCAGAGACUGGGAUUUUUUGUUAUCCAUGAAGAGGAACGGGUAAGGAGAGGCGGGACAAUAACGAACAUGAAAGGUUUUUGGGGGGGUUUAGAGGCAGUUCCCAAACACUCAUCAUACGUGGGCUUGUUUUUAUAUCAAAAUGUAUUUAAAGGAUUAAAAAAAAAGACAAAAAAA